AUGUAUGGAAACAAUAAUUUUGAUUCCGAUUUUGCCCUUUUAGACUCUAUUCGCCGUCACUUGUUGGGUGAGUCCGAAUCUAUAUUCGGAGCUCCAACAAUAUCUAAUACGAAUACCCGGGUUUUCUCUCGGAGCUCCAGUUUCAGUAGCUUAUAUCCAUGUUUGAGUGAUAACUGGGGCGAUUUACCACUCAAGGAAGAUGAUUCUGAAGAUAUGUUGCUUUACGGCGUCCUCCGAGACGCCAUAAACGUCGGGUGGGUUCCGUCUCUCGAAGUCGGGUCACCCGAGAGCAUUUCAUCGGGUUUUCCGUUGGAGUUGGUGAAACCGGAGCCAGAUAUUAUGCCGGUAGAGAAUAUUAUUCCUGCGGUGGUCCCUGCGAAGGUUCAAGUGGUUCCGAAAGGGCCGAAAGCUGCCCCGGUUAAAGGUAAGCACUACCGCGGGGUGAGACAACGGCCGUGGGGAAAAUUCGCGGCGGAGAUUCGUGACCCGGCUAAGAACGGAGCUAGGGUUUGGCUUGGAACAUUUGAAACCGCUGAGGAUGCAGCGUUGGCUUACGAUAGAGCUGCGUAUAGGAUGAGAGGUUCGAGAGCUUUGCUGAAUUUUCCUCUUCGGGUUAACUCCGGUGAACCCGACCCGGUAAGGAUUACUUCUAAACGAUCUUCACCGGAACGUUCUUCAUCGUCGGAAAGUAAUUCUCCGGCGAAGAAGAAGAAGGUAAUGGAAGGUCAAGUGGCCCAGUUGACACGUGGAGGACAGUUGUUGGUUUCUUAA